UGUGGGCCUGUCUCUGUGUCUUGUGGGCCGGGUCAUGAGACUUCAGGGGUGGGUCUCCUUCAGUAAACUCGCAGCUGGAUCUCUCUCUUCAGCAUCCUGGAGGCUGGCGGCGGCUCUCAGCAGCCAGAAACACGUGUGUGUGCUCAGUCAGUGCGCCUGCUAACAUGGCAGAGGAGGCGAAGAAACUGGCCGCGUACGCCGCCGUAGACAACCACGUCCAGAACAACCAGGUGGUUGGAGUGGGCAGCGGGUCAACCAUUGUCUAUGCAGUGGACAGAUUAGCGGAGAGAGUUCGUCAGGAGAAACUCAACAUUGUGUGUGUGCCUACCUCCUUCCAGGCUCGUCAGCUGAUUCUGCAGCAUGGCCUCACGCUGUCGGAUCUGGACAGGCACCCAGAGCUGGAUGUGGCGAUUGAUGGAGCAGAUGAAGUGGACUCAGACCUGACACUAAUCAAAGGUGGAGGCGGCUGCCUGACUCAGGAGAAGAUUGUAGCCGGCUGUGCUAAACAUUUCAUCGUCAUUGCCGACUACAGGAAGGACUCCAAGGCUCUGGGCCAGCAGUGGAAAAAGGGAGUUCCUAUUGAAGUGAUCCCCAUGGCGUACGUUCCUGUGUCCAGGGCGAUAGCCAGAUGCUUUGGAGGGGAGGCCAAUUUACGGAUGGCUGUCAGUAAAGCAGGUCCUGUGGUCACUGACAACAGCAACUUCAUCCUGGACUGGAAGUUUGAGCAGGCUCAGAACUGGAAAGAAGUCAACACUGCAAUCAAGAUGAUUCCAGGCGUGGUGGAGACAGGGCUUUUCGUAGGCAUGGCUGAGCGAGCCUACUUUGGGAUGGAGGAUGGAAGCGUGCAGGUCCGGGAUCCUCCAGUCAACUGAAGAGUCUGCCACAGUCACUGUCGUCCCUCUCCUCAAAAUGACCUCACUUCUCCCGCAAGUGCCGUGUUCACGAUUAAAGCCCGGUGUCAGACUGGGUUUGGACCUCCAGCAGAACUGGACAAAACUGUAGCAGGGAAGUUUUCACACAUCAUCUCAAAACCAGAUACAAAUUCAGGAUCUCUUGAUUUUUCUCAUCGUGCAGGUGGUGCUUCUGAUUCUGUGAGAUUUAAAGUGCCUGAUGAGUAAAAUCAAGUACAUCUGAUUCUCUUAUUUUCAGUCCGUGUUGUUGCUCAGUUUGGCUGCCUGGUUACACUGGGAAUGGCGGCUCUACCUGUAAUUAGUGGGUUUGACUGAAUGUCUGCAGUGUUAUAGUUUUCAACCAGUGUAGUGAAUCAGUGCAGAAUGAAACUUAAGGUGUGCCUUGAGAUUAUAUUUUAAGUCCUAUUAAAGAAAUGAUGCCAUUAAAGUUAGAUCUGAAAACCUCAUCAUCAUCCAUCAGGCUAUUAUCAUUUGCCAGGCUGCUGCACAUAAAAGUCCACCAGUCGACUGAAAGCUCAAGGCAUUGUAAGCAGUAAAAAAGCUGAUAUGCCCUGAAGUCAGUUUAAUUAAACCACAGAAAGGGCGGCUAAUGUGAACUGUAUAGCGUGACAGUAGAAGUUAUACUUUUUUCACAAAAUUAAUUUCUCUAAUUAAUAUGCUACUUAAAACAGCAAGAAACUCCAAAACUUAACGAGAUCAUUGAUAAUAUAGGGAAACCCUGUGGUGCAGGUGUGAAGCUGCCAUUGUUGUGACAGUGACAGUGUCAGAGCUGUAAUAAGUACAACGUAUGUAUCACUGGCACAGAAGUGGAGAUGUGUCAACACAGGGGAAAAAAGGUGAAAAAACAAAAUUUCCAUGUUAUCUGCUCUGUCGCCUUGCAUGUCAUACAGCAGUGCUGUGAGUCAUUUUGUGACAAAGUGAUACAUUUUCAUCAUCUCAGCCCUUCAGCUACGUUCGCUAAACAAAUUUACACAUUCCAUACCCGACGUUGUCCUUGUUAAAGUGACAGCUGUAUAGAUUAGACAGGUAUCUGCGCAUUUCUCAGUGUUAAUCUGCAAACAACUCCAUUCUGUCACAAGAGAUUCCUUCACUGUUGGUACACUCACUGUGAGCACAGGUUUAAGGUGUUAAUUCCACUGGGCAGCUGGGUACCUAGUCAAGUUACAGCAGUCUAAAAAGUCUGUUCAAAUCUAGUUUGAACAGACAGUUUGAGAAAUCUUUGUGACUUCCUCUUAAUUUCAACAGGGGUUCCUGUAAUUACACUAGUCGGGUCAGCAGGGUUGAAGUCCACAGCCUAACUGUUGAAAAACAAACCACUGACUCUGUGUACUUUCAUGCAUGUACCUUCUUCCACUGUGUGUGUUCUUUUUUUGUGCCUGUAAGUCACAGCUUCUGUCUGGUCACAGGAGGUCUUGUCAUAAACUUUGAUCUAAAUGAACAUUUUCAGGUAGAAAUGAUUGGCAGUUAUGCUAUAAAAGUUUCAUGUUUAAUGGUGAACUGUGUAGCUCAAAUGUGAACCAAUACAACCACAAGUACAUUUUAUGUGCCUUGGCACACCAAAGCAACAGUACGUCCUCUUUGUUUGAGGAAGGAAAAUUCACUGGUGAUGUAGCUGGUCAUGAGAAAUGUUUCUAAAAGCUGCAGUUUUUAGAAAGACCAUCCAAUAUAUAAAUUAUCAAAAAUGCAGAAUCAUUUUGAAGCUUGGUUUAAUUUGUGUUCAGCUCUGUAUAGUGCAGCUUUGAAUAUGGAGAUGUGCAGCGUGCAGCAACUUUACUUGGUACUUGGAGUUUGUUUCCAAAACAGUGCUACAUCCCUCAAAAAGUAAUCAGACGCUCAGCAAAGAUUCAGAGAGUUUGUCUUUCUUUACCCUUAGGACAAGUUACUUUAACUGUCCAGACUGACCAUCAUUUAUUUGAAAACUAACUUUUUUUUUUGCAGAUGAUUGACAUCUUUCAGUUUGAAAUGCAGCUCAUCACGUUGCUCUUGGCUCACAAUGCCUUACUCACUGGUUUAUUUUUGUAUGUUUGUGUUUUUGUAUGUACAACUCUGAGACUCAGGAGAACAUCAAGACUUAAUACAAGCAAAGAAAUGCAGUUGGCUGGCACAUUUGUCUACAGGCCAUGGUUACUGGGUAUGAGCAAUCUGAUUCUAUUCUAGCCUAAUGCCGUUCCCAUAAAUCAUGAGGAAGUGGCUGAAUUUUAACCCUGACUGGCCUGUAGACCAAUGAAAAGUUGAAGAAUAUGUGGCCCAGUUUGGGUACAAUACAGAGUGUGCACCAUGAUGGAUAUUUUUGUACCAGCAUAUCCUUUAAUCCUUCCUUUACCAAUUGACUGUGAUAAUGAUUUUUGCUGUGAAGGUACUAUUUUCUUUGUCAGCCAAUACAGGACCAAAAUGAUA